AUGGAUGAAGCCAAGGAGAACUUGGAUUCUGAAGAAAUCCUGGCCUACUUCCCUAAGGGAGCCACACUGAUCCUGGGCAAUUUCAAUAUCAGGGUCGCAGUCACCAGAAGGUCCCUCCUGCUGCUUUACGUCUUCUUUCUGUGGACCCCGCUUUCGAAUUUGACCCAGUGGUUUCCCAAAAGCCUUCCGUGCGAUGUGAUGCAGAACGGCUCCGAGGUCCUGGUGGACUGUAGCGAGAGGCAGCUGGACCACGUCCCGACCGGCUUCCCCUCCAACUCCACCAACAUCACGCUGACUAUCAACCGCAUCUCAGAGGUGUCCCCCUUCUCCUUCUCUGGGCUGCACCGCCUGACGGAGGUCGACCUCAGGUGUAACUGCGUGCCUGUCAGGCUUGGACCCAAGGACCGAGUGUGCACCAAGCCCCCGAAGGUAAUGACAGGCGCGUUCUCCUCGUUGCCAGCACUGAGGUCGUUGUACCUGGAUGGUAACCAACUGGCUGGAAUACCGCAAGGGCUGCCCCUUGCCCUCACCUUACUCAGCCUGGAGGCCAACAGCAUCUUCUCCCUGGGCAAGGCGAACCUUUCGGAGCUGGCCAACCUCGAGAGCAUCUACCUUGGCCAGAACUGCUACUACCGCAACCCUUGUAACACUACCUACCGGAUUGAACCGGACACUUUCUACAAUCUGAAACGCCUCGCCGUCCUGUCGCUCAAGGACAACAAUCUGACCCACGUCCCCCGACGACUGCCCCAGAGCUUACGGCAGCUUUUGCUGUACAACAACAUGAUCCGGCAGAUCGACGAGCAGGAUUUCGCCGACUUGGUCGAAUUGGAAAUCCUGGACUUGAGUGGGAACUGCCCCCGUUGUUACAACGCCCCGUUCCCUUGCCAGCCCUGCCCUUCCCCGGGACAUAUAGAAAUCCCUGCCAAUGCUUUCGAUACACUGCAAAAGCUUAGGAUCCUGAGGCUCCACAGUAACUCGCUGACCUCCGUGAACAGAUCUUGGUUCAAAUACACCACUAACCUGAAAAUGUUGGACCUCUCUCAGAAUUUCCUGGUGAAGGAAAUAUCCACGGCCUCAUUCUUGAGUUACCUCAGCAACCUGGAGGAGAUAGACCUGUCCUUCAACUACCAACUGAAGGUGUACCCCAAGUAUCUAAACUUGUCCUUCACCUUCUCACACCUUCAGUCCCUGCAGAGCCUGAAGCUCCGCGGCUACGUGUUCAGGGAUCUGAAGAGCGAGAACCUCAAGCCCCUGCAGGGACUCGACAAACUCAAGCUCUUGGAUCUAGGCACCAACUUCAUCAAGGUAGCCGACCUCCAGCUCUUCAGCCAGCUCCGCACCUUGCAGGUCAUCAACCUCUCGGAGAAUAAGAUCUCGCCCUCCUCCACCAAGUCGGAGGGCGGCUCUUGCGGGCCGAACGGCCGCUCGCAGCAGGACCUUGGACUGUUUUACGGAUCUCCGGACCAGCUGCGUUACUUUCGCUACGACGAGUACGGCCGGAGUUGCAAGUCCAAGAACAGAGAGUAUUACCACCUGUCGCCGGUCACCCAAAGCGAAUGCAACCGCCACCUUUCCACCUUGGACUUGAGUAGGAACAACAUCUUCUACAUCAGCCCGACGCAGUUCGAGAACCUGUCUUUUGUUCGAUGCCUGAACCUUUCGGGCAAUGCUGUCAGCCAAGCACUCAACGGUUCCGAGUUCCGCUCCCUCCCUCACCUGCGGUACCUGGACCUCUCCAACAACCGCAUCGACCUCCUCUACGAGUCCGCCUUCCAGGAGCUGCGGGAACUGCAAGUGUUGGAUCUCAGCAACAACAACCACUACUUCCAAAUGGAAGGCUUGACCCACAGUUUGAACUUCAUCCACAGCCUGGGGAAUCUCUCCAAACUCAUCAUGAACGAGAAUGACAUCUACUCGUCGGCCGACGCUCAGCUGAACAGCAAAUCUCUGAGUGUGCUGGAGUUCCGAUCCAACCAGUUGGACUACAUGUGGAGCGACGGUAAUAACAUGUACAUUGGGUUCUUUGAGAACCUCUCCAAUCUGAGCCGCCUCGAUCUCUCGGGCAACAGACUGAAAUUCAUCCCUCCUGGAGUCUUCAGUCGCCUGCCCCCCGUCCUGAAGGAGCUGGUGUUGAGUGAUAACGAGCUCCGGAGCUUCAACUGGGGUAGGCUUUACCUGCUGAGCCGGUUGGAGGUCCUGGACCUCGGGAACAACCUGCUGAGCACCGUGCCCCGUGUGCUGUCCAACUGCACCCGGACCCUGCGAGUCUUCAACCUCACCCGCAAUCAGAUCUCCAAGCUGACCAAGGACUUCCUCCAGGGCGCCACUUCCCUGCAGUACCUGGACCUGAGCUACAAUAAACUGAGGACCUUCCAGGCGUCCAGUUUCCCGGACAGCGCGGUCAGACACCUCCGGGAGCUGCGGCUGGACGGUAACCAGUUCCUCUGUACCUGCGACGCCGCAUGGUUUGUCUGGUGGAUCAACCGCACCACGGUCUACAUCCCCCGCCUGGCCACCGACGUCACCUGCGCCUCGCCUAAAGCCCAUCGCAGCCACAGCGUGGUAACAGUCGACUUGCACUCCUGCGAGUUGGACUACCUUAGCAUUUCCCUCUACUCUUUCUCCGCCGUGACCACCCUCUUGCUGCUUGUGACCUCCAUCGCCGGCCACCUGUUCGGCUGGGACGUUUGGUACAGCUACCACUUCUGCUUGGCCAAGUUCAAAGGCUACCGCCCCAUUCCCAAUGACAAGACAGUCUACGGGGCGUUCGUUGCUUAUGACACCCAUGACAAGGCGGUGGCGGACUGGAUCCUCAAUGAGUUGAUACCCAAUUUGGAAGAUCGGGGGCAACGGCGAUUCACUCUCUGCUUGGAGGAACGGGACUGGGUGCCGGGUAAACCUGUCAUGGACAAUCUGUCCCUGAGCAUCCACCAGAGCAAGAAGACCAUUUUUGUCCUCACCGACUGCUACGUGAGGUCUGGGAGCUUUAGAAAUGCUUUCUACAUGGCUCAUCAGCGGCUGCUGGACGAGAAGGUCGAUGUGAUCAUCUUGGUUUUCCUGGAGAAGGUCUUGCAAUGCUCCAAAUAUGUCAGGCUGAGAAAGAGACUGUACCGGGACUCUGUUCUGAACUGGCCCUGUAACCUCCACGCCCAGCCCCUGUUCUGGCAGCGCCUGAGAAACGCAUUAGCGACAGACAACCACCCACAAUACAGCAAACUCUUCAGUGACAUCAUAUAACCGUCCGCUUUAGAUCAGCGUGAAGUCGUUAUCUAACAAACCUAAGUGUACCAGGUAACAUUGGUACACCUUUGCUACAUUUACUACCAUCACAGAAGGAUGUGGUGAGACCAUUCCUGAAGUGUUAUGUGCAAUUUUGGCCUCCUUAACCAAGAAAGAAUAAACUUGUCUUGAAGGGAGUGCAAUAAGGGUUCACCAGACUGAUGCCUGAAUUGGCCAGACUGUCCUUGGAGGAGAGAUUGAGUCAACUAGGCCUGUAUUCCAGAAAAAUAAGAGGCUAUUUUAUUGAAGUCUACAACAUUCUAACAGGGUUUGACAGGCUAGAUGAGGGUAAGAUUUUACUCCUGGCUUAGGGUUUGGAUUAAAAGGGUCAUCAUCUCAAGGUAUUUGGGUAAAACGUUUUGGAAUGAGAUGAGGAGUUUCUUCACCCAGAGGGUGGUGAACUUGAAAAACACUCUGCU